AAUCGUCAGGUUGAAGGGCUUGUACACGUUGGACGUGAAACGGAUAUAGCCCGUCUUCACGCAGCGUUUGCCACACUUUAGUUUUUGAUACUUGUACUUCUCUAGCCACGUCUCUAGUGCUUGUUGAGGGCACGAUACACGUAACACCGGUAUGCUACUAAGCGAGUCAAAAAUCGUACGAUGGCGCACAUGACGUCACCUGCGAAGCAUCGAUGAAUGGCGAUUACAGAGUUCAGUAUAGUGAGGUUAGGAUAAUACCGACGUUAUAAGAUUUUGUUCCAGCAUUUCGUUUUCCUUUUUUACAUCGACAAGAAUGCCGGGUUGUGCGGUAGCUAAUUGCAAAAAUUAUAAUAGGGUUACGAAAGGAUCUGAUAUAAGGUACUUUCGAUUUCCAAAGAAUGAAGAGUUUGUAAAGCGAUGGGUAGGUGCAUGUCGCCGUGAAGAUGAAAUUAAUUUGAGAAAUGCAUGCAUCUGCUCCGAGCAUUUUGAUGCCAGCUGUUUUGAAAUUCCAUUGCGACAAAAAUUGCUAAAAUACACCCCCAAAAAUAGCCGAUAUUUGAAACCUGAUGCUGUGCCUACUUUACGACUACCAGGAUGUCAUGAUUCCUGCUCACAAAAUCAAGGAGACAGAUCAGCACGACUGAAAAAGAGAACACAACAUAAAAAUGUAGAAGAUAUGCUAAAAGCAAGUACUUCGAUCAUUUUGAAUCUAACACAGCAAAAAAGUACCAAUGAUAUCAGAACUGAGACUACAACGUUGGCUACAGCAGGUAUCGAAAAGUAAGUUUACUUCUAGUACUGAAUAUAUUAACCAGUGAAUGGCUCCCAAAUCACGCAUGCAACAAUCACAGGACAGUGACGUUUUAGCGCCUAAUUCAAAAGUGAAAAAAUUAUUCUUUUUUUUCUAACAAAAAUCGAACAACUUCUAUCGGAAAACAUAUUUCACAAGAUUUUUAUUACCUAAUUAACAAAGUAAGACACUUUUGACAAAAUAGAGAAUAUUCUAGUAAUCUAAUAACUUGUUUAUUACAGAGCAAGUGACAUACAGAUAAAAACGUUGAAGGAGAGAAUAGUGGUUCUGGAAAAGCAGAAUAAAGCACUCACUGAGCAGGUUGAAAAAAUAGAAGAAAAAACAGCCUUAAAAUAUAAAGAUGUCUUAGCCAAAGUUUUCACUCCGGGGCAGAUAAAAAAAUUAUUGAAUGCAGGAAAAAAAAGAGUCCGUUGGUCACCAGAGGAUAUUGCAACCGCAAUUUCUUUACGUAGUGUCAGUCCAAAAGCAUAUCGUUAUUUGAGAGUAAACAAUUAUCCUUUACCAGCUUUGUCCACCUUAAGAAGCUGGGUUUCCAGCUUUGACGUACAUCAGGGUAUUUUGAAGAGUGUAAUAACAUUAAUGCAAAAGAAGUCUCUUGAUUGUACUGAAGCUGAUAGAAUUUGCGUACUAAGCUUUGACGAAAUGUAUGUUUCGAACAAAAUCGAGAUCGAUAAGAAAACUGAACAGAUCAUCGGACCUCACAGAUGUUGUCAAACUGUUAUGGUGCGUGGUUUACUUUCAAAAUGGAAGCAACCAAUUUACUAUGAAUUUGAUCAGUCGAUGAUGAAAUAUAUUAUUGAAAAAAUAGUAGCUGAACUGUUCCGAGCAAAUUUUAUCGUAGUAGCGAUUACUAGUGACAUGGGCACUGGAAAUACUGGACUGUGGUCUCAGCUGGGUGUUGGACAUCAAAAUUGUUUUUUUAAUCACCCUUGUGAUAACUCUUUAAAGAUUUUUGUUUUCGCAGAUCCUCCACAUCUGCUUAAACUUACUCGAAAUCAUUUAAUUGAUCACGGUUUUAUUAUCGAUAACAAAGUAAUCAAUAAAGAUUACUUUGAAGCGCUGCUAAAUAUUUCAACUUCAGAGUUAACAAUUGCGCACAAAUUGACACCACACCAUCUCUGCUUAAAAGGCUCUAUGAGACAAAAAGUGAGACCUGCAGUACAAUUAUUAUCAAACUCUGUAGCAAAAGCAAUCAGUUAUGCUGGAGAAAAUGGACUCAUGCCAAAAGACAGUUAUUGGAAAGAAGCAGCUGUAGUUGUUCAACUAUUCAAUGAUUGGUUUGACUUAUUUAAUUGUCGAUCUAAGUUUGUUGAAAAUUGUCCAACACGAAAUGCAUAUGGCACAGAUUUAGAUAAGCAGAUACGUCUGCUAGAUGAAAUGUCAGAAGUAGUUAGUUCAAUGCGGAUAGGUAAACAUAAAGGGCUUAUUCCGUUUCAAAAAGGUAUAUUACUCUCUAAUAGAUCUCUGAAAGAGCUACUUCCUUACCUACGUGAAAAAUAUAAUGUAGAGUAUAUUUUAACUUCUCGGCUGAAUCAAGAUGUACUUGAGAACUUCUUUUCUUACAUUAGAGGAAUGGGCGGCGCAAAUGAUCAUCAUUCGCCACUAGAUUUCAAAUAUAGAUUACGGUGGUACAUUUUAGGAAAGAAUUCGUCAGCGAUCUUCACAGAAUGUCGCAAUGAAUCUUGCUUAACUAAUAUGAUAGAAAGUUCUUCAUUGCCAAGCGAUAUGUCAACAUCAGAAGAUAUUUGCUUGACACAAAAAAUGCUUUCUAAUUUGGUAGAAGAAGUUGGAUGUUCGAAAGGACCUCAGUGUGAAGAGGAACAAAUAAUUCAAAACACAUUUGUAGAAGCUCUUUACUUGGAGGAUCAUGUGAUUGAUGAAGACAUGUUAAAACUUGUAGACAAUUAUGAAGUGAAAGAGAAAAUUCACCAUGAUUCUUUAAAGUAUGUUGCUGGUUUUGUUGCAUAUAAAUUCAAGCAUAAAUAUAAUUUAGGGAAUCCUACAAACACCUUUGAGAGAAAUAUAGAACCAGAUUGGCUUCAGACAAUCUCUAGAGGCUCUCUGCUGUAUCCUAACGACGAAUUGUAUGAAGCUACACUGAAACUGGAAUCAGUGUUUUACACAAUGCAUGGAAGCUCUUUAUCCAAGGAAAAUCAAAUUUUUCAUAAGCUUGCCCAGAAUACUUUAAAUCAGCUUAAGAAUACCUCAAUACAAUUCGAAGUGCUCCUAUGUCUCAGUAGCACACGUACAUAUAUAAGAUUAAGAGACAUGAACAGGAAAAUUAGUUUCAAUAAAUGUCAAAGGACACUCGAAAAAAAAAUGUCCAAGUUUGUUAAUUUUAGGAAAUAAGUUUUUAUAAUGUUCAAUAAAUUUUCACAAAUAUAAUUUCUAUAACUAUGCUGGAAAUAUUAAUUACAAAAGCAUAUUGUUACAGUCGUAUAUUAAUAUACACAUAAUAUAUACAUUAUAUAUGGUACAAAACAGUAAGUAAAUCUAUGCUUACAUUUAAUAUUAACGGGCUAAUGCAGACGUCCGUACUAUUCAAACAGAAGCAUUGCUUCGCACGUGACGUCACGCAGUGAGAGAGAGAUAGCGCUAGCAUGCGCAAUGGCAUACCGGUGUUACGUGUAUCGUGGUUGAGGGAUUAUCGUCUACGCGAUUACCUCUACAGGCGUGACCGUAACCAUCGGUUGAAGGUUGCAUACUGACCUGACGCUGACACACUGACCCCGACCCCCGACCCAGUUCUGUCGUUGAGCCAGUGACAUUGUACCACUCCGUGAUGGCGCGGCUACAGGACGGUAUUCAGAUAUUUUUGAUGUUGCAGAGCCCUUUAUCUCGGUUCCCUUAAGACAUUG